AUGGAGCGUCUUCCUCGUCUCCAAUUUCCCUCAUUGCCAAGUGAUCGAGAACGCCACGAUCAUGCCCUUCACCGGCGUGUCUGUCAUCACCGAUGGAAGAGCGCCACGAUCUUCCUCGCCAACCGCAAGCAGCAACACUCCAGCGGCUACCACCUGCUCAUAGUCGAGGGGUACUCGCGCACCAAGAGCAGCACACACACGGGAGAGUGCAUCAGGUCUUGCCCUUUCAUGGUUGGCGGCUACCUUUGGUGCAUCCAGUACUACCCCAAUGGCGCCAAGUCGGAGAACGCAGAUUUUAUAUCUCUUUAUCUUGGUCUUCUUAACAAUGACGAUGCUGCACUUGCAAGCCCAUUGAAGUUGCAGUUCGAGAUUAGUUUCGUCGAUCAGAUUUACAAUCAAGAAUCCACGCAGAUUCGCGCUGGCCAAGGACACUGCCACCACUUCUCCGUCCAUCAAGGUGCCUUCUUCGGACAUGCAACAGCAUUUCAGCGAUCUUCUUCUGGCCGAGGAGGAACGGACGUGACGUUCAAGGUCGGCGGCGAGACGAUCGCCGCACACCGUUGUGUGCUGGCGGCCCGAUCUGCCGUCUUCAAGGCAGAGCUCUUUGGCACCAUGAAAGAAGGCAUGAUGACUACAAGCGUCAUACAGGUUGACGACAUGGACGCGCAAGUUUUCAGGGCGAUGCUUGGGUUCAUUUACAGUGACUCGCCGUCGGAGAUAGAGGAGGAAGAAGAUGCAGAUGUGAUGUGGCAGCACCUGCUCAUCGCUGCUGACAGGUAUGAUCUCCGGCGACUAAGGCUGAUGUGUGAAAAGAAGCUGUCCGAGUACGUCGACGUGACCACGGCCACGACCAUCUUGACGCUAGCUGAGCAGCACAACUGUCGCGGGUUGAAGGAGACGUGCUUGGAGUUUCUCAACUCUCCUGCAAACCUGCAAAAAGUCAUGGCGUCCGGUGGUUUGGAUAGUCUUGCUGCAUGCUGCCCUCUGUUCUGA